AGUUUAAUCUUUGUUAUUGCAUUCCUUUAAAAAGUGAUCGUUCAAUUGUUUUUAUCAGACUGAUCAAAGUUGACGUUGGCAGAAUUGGUGGUAAGCUAUCAACGACCCUGAUCUUGUAUGUUUGUGAUAAUGCUUGACGUUUGUGAGACGCCGGGCUGUCAGUGAUUCGGCGUCAGACUGAGCGAUGUGAAUCUAAAGGGGCAGCGGUCACCAGGCGAUUUUUCCGACCAGUUUGAAAUAUUAUGGAUUUACCUAUGAUCGAGAAAUGGCACCGUUUCCAUCCUACGUCCUUAGGCUCACAUUCCACCACAGAGCUAUUUACUGCUACUUGGUACUUAGCCUGUGGAUCUUAAUACUACUUGGAGUCAUGUACAAAUACAUAGGAAUAGAGUCAGAUUCACUUAAUUUAUUAAAACACCACACAACUGAUUUUGAUGGGCCCAACCUCAGGAGGCAUUUUCCAUUUAUUUAUAAGUCAAGGAAAAUUAUUCAGGCUUGUAAUCCAUACCAGCGUAUAGCAGUGGGUGCUGAAGGUAAUUCAAAUCCUAAUUAUACUCUGGAAGGAAUACUUGUUUUAAUAAGGCAUGGAGACAGAGGUCCUUUGACCCAUGUACAAAACAUAUCCAAUGUGAAUUGUGUCGGGCCUUAUGAUCCUCUAUACGCUACCUAUGAAAACUACAUUGAUAACAUCACAGCUACACCGCUCCGUCCUCAAAUUUUGGGUUCAUCUUUUCACGGAAUCCCCUUACUUCCUGGGAACGAGUGUAGCCUCGGCCUGUUGACAAAACUGGGCGCUUCUCAACUUCUAGCUACAGGGAAAGCUCUGAACAAAGUCUACAAGUCUAGUUUACGUUUGAACACUUCGAUGAUAAAGGACGAUGUGAUAGUGUUUUCAACUAGAUACAGAAGGACGUUACAGAGUGCCCUUGCCUUCCUGUUCACAUUCAUUGAAAAAGACAAUUUUCAUAAAAUCGUACUUCAAGAAGCACCGAGUUUGUCUUUCUGCUUUGAAGACUGUGCGUGCCCUUCAGCAGAUUCUUAUCAGAAAAACUUCUACAACGAGAAUUAUCGGAGGAUAAAAUCUCAUCCAGCAGUUCUUGAAUUAGUGAAAUCACUGUCUUCAAUUGUUUAUGAAUCUCCAGAUCGAAAAAUUUCAUCUGAUCCCCAUUCUUUAAAAGACGCGUUGCUCACAUAUGUCUGCCACAGUGCCAAUUUGCCUUGUAUCGAUUCUUAUUCAGCUCAAGAGACGUGUGUAAAAUUAGAACACAUUUCAAGCCUCUUUUCUUAUUUGGACUCAGAAUACAAGCAGUUUGGUAGGAGCAAAAACUUAAAAAGACUUUGUAUUUUAAGAGCUUAUGGACUUUUGAAAAACAUUGUCUCGCAGCUCUUAAGGAUAGUGUCAGAGAAAAGGCCAAAAAUGGUACUUUACUCAGGACACGACAAAACUAUAUCAUACUUAGCUUUAGCUUUAGGUGUUACCUCAAAUGGAGUGACGUCUCCGCAUUACGCAUCACGUCUCAUUUUUGAGGUUUACAAGACUCAAGAUCAGAGUGCAUCAUCCCAAGCCGGACCUAUCGGAAGUGACUACUUCUUCCGUCUUGUCUUCAAUGGGAAUGAUGUAACAAAGAAGGUAAAGUUUUGCAAAUCAUUCGAAAAUAUGGCAGACACAAGAAGUAAUGACACUACAAAUAAGAGGAACCAUACUUUCUUUCUCUGUCCGAUCGAGUCAAUUGUAAGAUUUCUACACGACGACUAUUUCUCACCUUUCAACGCGACCAAUAUAAAAGAUGCCUGCAAUAUGUGAAAUAAUCGCAAUAUUUUUAAUUGUAAAUAAUUAUCUCGUGUUAUCAGUGCAAUAUGUGUUCUAUCGUUUUUAAAUUGUAUUUGUAUAUAUUUUCAAUUUGUGAUUCCAACUAUUGUACCUGACAUUUUGUAAAAAUUAAUCGACAGCAAUAAUACUCACCAGUUAUAUAAAAUUGUGAUUUUAUUAUUCCUCCCUGGUGUAUUGUGCAGUCUUGACUAAUGCUUAAUUAUAUUUUAAAUCUUGUUUUAUUAAAGACAGUGAAAAAUUUCAUCUAGAA